AUGAUAGACCACGUCUUGGGGAGGCCCUCAACUAGAUUUCGCAAAUUUCAAGUUUUUGCGGUUGUUUCCUUCUGGUCAGUUUACUUGCUGCGAGGGAACAAACAUGGUCCACCGCUUCUUCGCAUAAUCUCCACCCGCUUUGGAAAUAGGUUAACAACCUGGCAAACAACCACCGUCAUAUUUCUGUGCCUAUAUGUCAGUCGCAACUUCGCCAAGAUUGUGGGGCUUGAAAGCCCAGAACCACUAGCCAACCUCUAUUCCCGAUCCUUCUUCCGAGCAACAUGGAUUACAACUGGGCUGGAUGCGGGAUUUUGGACUGCAAUGUCUAUUAAGCCCAAGUGGCUGCGAGAUAUCGCCUCAUUGGUCUUCACAGUGUACUACCUGAUUGCGGCGGAACAGGCGGAUGAAAAGGUGCGGCGGGUUCGCGCAACGCUGACCUUAGAACAUUUACGCGUGUCUUGGAACAAAGCGACAACUCCUUAUUUGUGGACGAUGGCGAGCUUGAUUCGCCCAAGAAUGACUCGAUACUCACCACGAGCUAUCCGCAUCCCUCGCCCAAAGCAAUCUGUACAUAGCGACCCUGUGAGUGCGUGGCUGUAUUUCGAUGGGCCUUUGAGUGCUUUGAAAGAGCAGACAUGCAUUGUUGUGGAUGUGCCUGGUGGCGGCUUUGUUGCUAUGGGACCCCGAAACUCUGAAGAUAAACUCUUGUCUUGGGCGGGGCAACUGAAAGUGCCAGUACUGAGCAUCGAUUACAAGAAAGCGCCGGAAUAUGCAUACCCAUAUGCGCUGCACGAAUGCUACGAUGUAUAUCAUACAAUAGUAUCUACCAACGGUCGCUGUGUUGGGUUGAGCGGCCUGACCCGCCCACGGAUUGUCGUGACAGGCGAAAGCGCAGGGGGUAACUUGGCUGUUAGUAUGGUGUUAAUGGUCCUGCAGUCCUCUGCGGCUCAAGGUUGGCGGAGUGAAGAGGUCCUUCCUCGACCCGAUGGCCUUGUAUUGGCCUAUCCAGCACUGAACGUGAGAGUGGAAAGCUGGAUGACGGACGAACAAAUGGCAUUGAUUCAGGAUAAGACUUCUCGACAAAAGAACCCGAAUGUGCUGCGACAAAAACAGGAUCACUACCGGAAGCUCACUCCAUUCACCUCACCUGGUCAUUCGGUUGAAGAUUUGACAGCCAUAUCCCUACCUAAGCAGGCGGAUGAGAAGGAAGAAUCGAAUAUAGCAACUGAAGCUGCCAGCGCUCUUCGCGAUAAAUUGAAAAAGAGCGAGGAGCUCAACGGCGAAGUCUCACCCACAAACGACGAGGUCAAGCCGGUCACGACUCGGCUGGCAGUCUCAUCCAUGAUCUCGUACGUGCAUGAUAGGAUUAUCACGCCAGAAAUGAUGCGGGCUAUGAUUAUUCUGUACAUUGGACCGCAUCAACGACCGGACUUCAACACCGAUUUCCUCCUAUCUCCGGUCCUUGCUCCGGAUGAAUUACUCACCCGGUUUCCCAAAACAUACAUUUUCACUGGUGAGCGCGACCCGCUCGUUGAUGAUACAGUAAUCUUUGCAGGUAGGCUGCGCCAAGCGAAGCUGCAGUACUUCCGGGAACGUCAAGACCUUGGACUUGAAAAGUCUCGACGCCAGUUCCGAGAAAAGGACCACGUGGAGGUAUCAUUGAUUCCUGGAGUCUCGCAUGGCUUUAUCCAAAUGGCUGGCUUCUUCCCAGAUGCGUGGAAGUACAUAAAGCGCAGUGGAUCGUGGAUUGAGACGCUUUUUGAGACAGCUGAGCUGCACGAAUCUGAAUACAGCCUUCUGCAGAUGUCUGGUAGCUCCGGAAUGAAUGUAUCCUACAGAUCGAAAGGUUCAUCCAAGACCAAUGGAAUUGCGAAGGCCGACCGAAAAAAUCAUCAUCGCGCUCUGACAGCAGAGUCAUCCGCAGACGAAGAUAGACCACUUGAAAUCGGCAUGAGCAAAAUGCCUUCCUUAUCGUUAUCCACAUCAGAUCUCGCAAUUCGUCGAAAGAAGUCACGCUCCCCCUUUGCAUCCUCAAGACUGGCUGGGUUUACAAGCUUAGAAGAUGAGCCCGCGCCCGAUGCGGAAAGCGGUUUUCUUGCGAGACUCAAGCAUCUGGAUAUGAAGUAUAAUCAUCAUGGUGACAUAGACCCAGAAGAUAUCAACAGUGCGCCCGAGAGCCCUUCUGCUUUCCGUUCCCGUCACAGGAGCAUAUCGUCUUUGGGUAGCGAGGAGGAUAUAUUGGAUCGUCGCAUGAAUGGCUUAGCUGGUGGACUGAUGGGAUUACAUGCGGAGGGCGUGCAGACACCCGGCCCAUGA